CACUUUCAGUUUUUAUUUUUUCCAUUUUCAUUUUAUGUCACUUAGGGUGACUACAUCUUUCCCUCUCCUUUCUCAUCGCCUUCAUCUUUGACUCAGUCCCCCGUCAACCUCAUUUUUGUUCUGUUUUUUUCUUAUUCGUUUUUUAGUUUCAGGAAACACAACACACUGAGCAAAAACAGAACAUAAACACACACAAUUAACUAUCUUAUUUUGUUGCCAGAUACUGUAACUUUCCCCUAAAUUUAGCAGAUCCGCUAAAUUUAGAGGGAUACAAAGCCAGUUUUCAGCUAGGGUUUCGAUACUUUUAAUUUUCACGACAAGAUGAUGAUAUCGAGGGGGCUGUUUGGGUGGUCCCCACCGCAUAUACAGCCCCUUACGCCGGUGUCGGAGGUGUCUGAGCCUCCGGAGUCGCCGUCUCCAUACCUGGACCCCGGUGCGGAGGCGGCGGCCGCGGCGGCUGCUGCUGCUCAGGCGGAGGAAGCGGAGGAGAUGGAGGACGCAGAAGAGAUGGAGCCGCCGCCGGCAGCCGUGCCAUUCUCGAAGUUGUUCGCGUGCGCAGACCGGCUCGACUGGGGGCUCAUGAUCGUUGGCUCUCUUGCAGCAGCGGCUCACGGAACGGCUCUUGUUGUGUACUUGCAUUACUUCGCUAAAGUUAUUGAGGUGUUGAGGAUCGCAAAUACUCAGGAUCAGUACCACAGGUUUAGAGAGCUUGCUUUGACCAUUGUUUAUAUAGCUGUGGGUGUCUUUGUUGCUGGUUGGAUUGAGGUUUCAUGCUGGAUUUUAACUGGAGAACGGCAGACUGCUGUCAUCAGGUCAAAAUAUGUUCAAGUAUUACUUAACCAGGACAUGAGUUUUUUUGAUACUUAUGGUAAUAAUGGGGAUAUUGUGAGCCAAGUGUUGAGUGAUGUGCUGCUCAUUCAGUCUGCUCUUAGUGAAAAAGUUGGAAAUUAUAUUCAUAACAUGGCAACAUUUUUCAGUGGUCUCGUUAUUGGAUUUGUCAACUGUUGGCAGAUUGCUCUUAUAACAUUAGGCACUGGUCCAUUUAUUGUUGCUGCGGGAGGGAUAUCAAAUAUAUUUCUUCAUAGGCUUGCUGAGAAUAUUCAAGAUGCAUAUGCUGAAGCAGCUAGCAUUGCUGAACAGGCAGUCUCUUACAUUAGGACCUUAUAUGCCUUUACGAAUGAAACUUUGGCCAAGUAUUCUUAUGCAACCUCAUUACAAGCUACUUUGAGAUAUGGUAUACUGAUUAGUCUGGUGCAAGGACUUGGACUUGGAUUUACAUAUGGUCUUGCUAUAUGUUCUUGUGCCUUACAACUUUGGGUUGGAAGAUUCCUAGUUACACAUAACAAAGCUCAUGGUGGUGAAAUUAUAACAGCUUUAUUUGCUGUAAUUUUAAGUGGCCUUGGGCUGAAUCAAGCAGCAACAAACUUCUAUUCAUUUGACCAAGGGCGGAUUGCUGCUUAUAGACUUUUUGAGAUGAUAAGCAGAUCAUCCUCAACUGCUAAUCAGGAUGGAAACAGCCUACCAUCAGUGCAUGGAAAUAUAGAGUUUAGGAAUGUAUAUUUCAGCUACCUAUCUCGUCCUGAGAUUCCUAUCUUGAGUGGAUUUUACCUCACUGUACCUGCUAAAAAAGCAGUAGCACUUGUUGGCAGAAAUGGAUCUGGGAAAAGCAGUAUUAUCCCACUCAUGGAGCGGUUUUAUGAUCCUACAUUAGGAGAGGUUCUUUUGGAUGGGGAAAAUAUAAAGAACUUAAAACUGGAAUGGCUGAGAAGCCAAAUAGGACUUGUCACCCAGGAACCUGCUUUGCUGAGUUUGAGUAUCAGAGAUAAUAUUGCUUAUGGGCGAGAGGCUACUUCGGAUCAGAUAGAAGAGGCGGCUAAAAUAGCACAUGCACAUACAUUUAUCAGCUCACUUGAGAGGGGAUAUGAGACACAGGUGGGUAGGGCUGGUUUAGCCUUGACAGAAGAGCAAAAGAUAAAGCUUUCUAUAGCUAGAGCAGUGCUUUUAAACCCAUCAAUUCUUUUGCUUGAUGAGGUCACUGGUGGGCUUGAUUUUGAAGCCGAAAGAGCUGUUCAGGAGGCUCUGGAUCUGCUUAUGUUGGGACGUUCAACCAUAAUAAUUGCUCGACGGCUUAGUCUUAUAAGGAAUGCUGAUUACAUAGCUGUGAUGGAAGAGGGUCAACUUGUUGAAAUGGGUACACAUGAUGAACUAUUAACCCUGGAUGGCCUGUACGCAGAGCUUCUCAAAUGUGAAGAAGCUGCAAAACUUCCUAGGAGGAUGCCGGUUAGAAACUACAAGGAGACUGCGGCUUUCCAAAUUGAAAAGGAUUCUUCUGCAAGUCACAGCUUCCAAGAACCAUCAUCCCCUAAAAUGCAGAAAUCACCUUCUCUUCAGAGAGUUGGCAUGUUUAGGCCCACAGAUGGUGCCUUUGAUUCACUAGAAUCCCCUACAGUGCAUAGCCCGCCAGCAGAGAAAAUGAUGGAAAAUGGUCUGCCAUUGGAUGCGUCUGAUAAGGAACCAUCAAUCCGAAGGCAGGAUAGUUUUGAAAUGAGACUACCAGAAUUACCUAAGAUUGAUGUACAGUCUGCAAACCGACAAAUAUCAAACGGUUCAGACCCGGAAUCCCCUAUAUCACCUCUUUUGACAUCUGAUCCUAAAAAUGAACGUUCCCAUUCACAGACAUUUAGUCGACCCCAUAGUCACUCUGAUGACAUUCCAAUGAAGAUUAGAGAAUCAAAAGAUACACAACAUCGGAAAGCACCAUCGUUUUGGAGACUGGCACAGCUUAGUUUUGCUGAGUGGCUCUACGCUGUUUUAGGAAGCAUUGGUGCUGCCAUUUUUGGUUCUUUCAAUCCUCUUCUUGCUUACGUUAUUGCAUUGAUAGUGACAACAUACUAUAGACAUGAUGAUCAUCAUCACCUACGACAGGAAGUAGACAAAUGGUGCUUGAUAAUUGCCUGCAUGGGUAUAGUGACAGUUGUUGCCAACUUUUUGCAGCACUUUUACUUUGGUAUUAUGGGGGAAAAAAUGACUGAACGAGUUAGGAGAAUGAUGUUCUCAGCAAUGCUGAGGAAUGAAGUUGGAUGGUUUGAUGAAGAGGAUAAUAGUGCUGACACAUUGUCCAUGCGCUUGGCAAAUGAUGCUACAUUUGUCCGAGCUGCUUUUAGCAACCGCCUUUCCAUAUUUAUACAGGAUAGUGCUGCCGUUAUUGUGGCUGUACUUAUUGGGAUGUUGCUACAGUGGCGAUUGGCACUUGUAGCAUUAGCAACCUUGCCAAUACUCACUGUGUCUGCCAUUGCCCAGAAAUUGUGGCUUGCUGGAUUUUCAAGGGGCAUCCAGGAGAUGCAUAGGAAGGCAUCUCUAGUCCUUGAGGAUGCAGUUAGAAAUAUUUACACUGUAGUAGCAUUUUGUGCUGGUAACAAGGUAAUGGAGCUCUAUAGAUUGCAGCUGAAGACAAUAUUCAAACAGAGUUUCUUUCAUGGAAUGGCCAUUGGGUUUGCAUUUGGCUUUUCACAGUUUCUUCUUUUUGCCUGUAAUGCUCUUCUCCUUUGGUAUACUGCUAUUUCUGUUAGAGAUGGCUAUAUGGAUUUGCCUACAGCUCUCAAGGAGUACAUGGUUUUCUCUUUCGCGACGUUUGCACUUGUGGAACCAUUUGGAUUGGCUCCAUAUAUACUUAAGCGGCGUAAAUCUCUCAUUUCAGUUUUUGAAAUCAUAGAUCGAGUGCCUAAGAUUGAUCCAGAUGAUAACUCAGCAUUGAAGCCCCCUAAUGUUUAUGGAAGCAUUGAGUUGAAAAAUGUUGAUUUCUGUUAUCCAAGUCACCCAGAAGUGUUGGUAUUGAGCAAUUUCAGUCUCAAAGUCAAUGGGGGACAAACCAUAGCCGUGGUUGGAGUUUCAGGGUCUGGAAAAAGCACUAUAAUAUCUUUGAUUGAGAGAUUUUAUGAUCCAGUUGCUGGUCAGGUUCUACUAGAUGGGCGAGAUCUUAAACUUUAUAACUUGAGAUGGUUGAGAAACCAUUUAGGUCUUGUUCAGCAGGAGCCCAUUAUCUUCUCAACGACAAUCAGGGAGAAUAUUAUAUAUGCAAGGCAUAAUGCUAGUGAAGCUGAGAUGAAAGAGGCUGCAAGAAUAGCUAAUGCUCACCAUUUCAUCAGCAGCUUGCCUCAUGGUUAUGACACACAUGUAGGGAUGAGGGGUGUGGACUUGACCCCUGGACAAAAACAGAGAAUUGCUAUCGCCCGAGUGGUGCUGAAGAAUGCACCCAUCUUGUUACUGGAUGAAGCUAGUUCAUCCAUUGAGUCUGAGUCAAGUCGAGUAGUGCAGGAGGCUCUUGAUACACUGAUAAUGGGAAACAAAACAACCAUACUGAUAGCUCAUAGAGCUGCAAUGAUGAGGCAUGUUGACAACAUAGUAGUUCUUAAUGGAGGGCGAAUCGUGGAGGAAGGGACCCAUGAUACUUUGGUAGCGAAAAAUGGUUUGUAUGUCCGUUUGAUGCAACCUCACUUUGGGAAGGGUUUACGGCAACAUCGAUUGAUAUAGGUGUAUCUGUGAUUGAUUGCAACUUAAAGUGGUUGAUCUGUAUAGUUCUCAUUCUGCUCAUUUUGAAAUGCUGCAAAUGUCAACACCAGCUAGAUUAUCUCGAAUAUCUGCUGCUGGUUGGAGAUUCCACGAUGAGCUAGGGCAAUAUAGAAGGAUGAAGGACGAGGCCUGUAACAAUAUAGCGGGAUUGGCGGAAAAUGGUGGCAGGGCUAGUUAAAUUGUUUAAAUAUAGGGCUUAGAAGUAGGAAGUUUGCAAUUUGGUUGGGGUUAGAUGCAUAUUCUUUAUGGAGGCAAGCAUUGUUAGGUUGGAGUUGAGAGCUGCCUCCAUGGUAUAUUAAUUUGUUUAUUAAUCAGAAGAUGGAAGUUAAUUCUAGUCCUACUGAGGUGUGUUUCUUGGGCUUUUGUAUUAGUUUUUCAUGUUUCUAUCCCAGUAUUUUUAAGAGCAAAAUUUUGUAACUCUGUUGAACGUGUGUUUCUGUAAAAAAAUUUACAUUUGUGAAAUCUGAUGCAAGUUUAGAAGAGGAAAGAACUCGAGGAUUGUUGUAAUCUUUGUAAAUAAAUAUUGUGAUAGAUUUCAAUUUCAGCAUCAUUGUAGCCUAUCA